CUCCUGCUGUGAACUCUCGUAGCGAGCUUUCGCUCGGGACAAGAACCGAGAAGACGAAAGGAACGGGAAUAGGCAGAUGAGGACGGCGGAGGGAACAGGAGGCAGGAGGAGAGCACGUGACGGGAUGCGAUGCGAUGCGCGGCCCGGUGCGGGGCGACUGUCCGUCCAGUCAGCAGCAGCCGCGUCACUAUAGAUCUCAUCGCGUCGGCUGCAGGCGCUACGUUUUAUCCGAUCAUCAGCACCCUCGUUUCAUCGCUUCGUCGGGCUCGUCGUCAGCCUCGGUUGCCCUCGGCGUCCGUGAUGAUUGGCACCGAGGGCCACCCUGAAAGAUAGCACAGGAUAAUGAUGCGCACGGAAUGGAAGCCGCGACGCACCCGGCCUCACGAUUCCGUCGAAUUUUGAUUUCCGCGCAGCGAAUUUCCUCGCCCCGCUCGAGAGCGCCGAUCGAUUCGUGCUGCCACUUGUUCUCGGCGACGGGGAAGGAGCAGGAGCUCGGACGCAGCGAGGGCAGGGCAGGAAUUGGAUUCUUGCACCGCUGAUCCGCGGAAUAUUGUGCGAUCGGCAUUCGGGUGCGAUCGGCUGUCGCGUGCACCGAAUGGAAAAAUGCGAGCGGUCUGAGCGCUGUAGGUCGAGGGCCGAGGGCGGAGUCGAGGCGCGGUGAGGUGAGGGGAGGGGAGGGGAGGGGUCGAGUCGAGUCGAGUCGAGGGCGCGAUGGAGUCGUCGGAAGACAGCAGGACGACGACGAGGAUGAACAAUCGGGGGGGCGAGUGGGCAUCGUCGUCCAGCAGCAGCACCUGCGCAUCGGUGCGCGUCACCUGGAGCUCGGGCACGAAGCUCGCGGCGGCGGGCGAUUCCGGGGCCGGAUGCGGGCCCUGUUCGUCUUGGGAGUGGCAGGCGCUCGUGCCCGGCUGCAGCAGCGACGACGACGACGACGAGGAGAUGAUGAUGGCGCGUGCAUUCGCGGGAAUUUCCGUGUCCAAUUUUCUCAAGGGCGGCAAAGGGCGCCGCGGCAAGGACAAGCACUCGGCGCAAUCGGGCUGGCCUCUGCUGCAACAGAUGUUUGGGCACGUGGUGGGCGCGAGAUCGCGGGCCAGCAGUCUGGUGAAGCAGGUGUCGCUGCUGGAACGCGCAGGAAUCGGAGCGCUGGCGGGGGGCAUCGCCGGAGGGUUCACCAAUGUCACUCUGCAUCCCAUCGACACUGUGAAGACGAAGCUGCAGACGAAGGGUGCUUCUCAAAUGUAUUCCGGUCCUCUGGACGUGGUGUCCAAGGUGCUGGCCAGCCAAGGGAUUGCCGGCUUGUACAGCGGAGUGCAGGCGGCAUUCCUGGGCUCGGUGAUGUCGUCGUCGGUGUACUUCGGAACGUAUGAAUUGGCCAAGGGCAUCUUCUCGUCCGUGGCCAACUGGCCCGAGGCGCUGGUGCCUCCAUUUGCCGCAGUGCUCGGCAACAUCACGUCCUCGGCCAUCCUCGUGCCCAAGGAAGUCAUCAAGCAACGGAUGCAGGCCGGAGCCGCUGGCACGGCCAGGCACGUGUUCAUGAGCACGAUCCAGAACGAUGGCGUUCUGGGGCUCUACGCCGGCUACUCGGCUGCCCUUCUGCGCAAUCUGCCGACCAACAUCAUCAGCUUCUCCACCUUCGAGUAUCUGAAGAUGGCCUGGCUCUCUGGGUCGGACAAGGUCACGUUGGAGCCAUGGCAGAGUGUCAUCUCGGGAGCAGUGGCGGGAGCAUUGUCGGGGACGGUGACCACUCCUUUAGAUCUGGUGAAAACUCGGCUUAUGACUCAAGCUCGGGCCCAAGUGUCCAUAACAGGGCUGUCCGGGACGAGGGCUGAGGCUGCAGCUCGCGCUCAAGCGGUUGCCGAGUACACGUACAAAGGGGUCGCUUCCACUCUGAAGCGCAUUUGGGUCGAGGAAGGCCCCAAAGGAUUGAUGAAAGGUGUUGGGCCGCGAGCUUUCUACAGCGCUUUAUUCUCUGCAAUUGGAUUCUUGGCCUUCGAGUCCACUCGCCACUUCAUCCUCGAUAAACAUCUUGAACAAAGAGACGCCAAAAGAGAGAAACAAAGGGAGGCAGAGAGAGAGGCACAGUUGACGGCCCUCAAACAUGGCUUGUAAAUUGAAAAUUCUAAAAGCUUGUUAAUUAAAAACAUUUGCCAUCUCUCGUGUCCUCUUUCAUACGUGGCGUGCGCUAUAAGAUGGAGCACGGCAGCGCGCUCUUGCACUUCCUCUCAGAGAUGUAUUUCUCCCAGUCUACCGACCCUUGGGCAUGAAGUGUAUAGCAAAUGUAGCUAUCUAGAAAACAUUCACGUAGGACUCUACUUUUUUAGUGAAGGACACGAAAGGCACCAUCAUAUAUUCUGCGUUUUUCCACCAUCGGUCACGCCG